AUGGAAACACUUGAAACACUGGAAUUUAAUAGAUUGAUACAACAACAUACUAACCUCGUCAACCCUUUAAACACGCGUAUUAUUGAGGAUGAAAGACUUAGGGAAGAUCUCAUGGGAAACGUUUGUGAGGAAAAAUAUAAUGAUUGUAUACAAUGCUUGGAAAAACUAGGAGACAGUGCAAAACAUUUAUACAAUUUAAUAGGAAAACAAAGAAACGUUAAUGAUGAUGUACUUGUUCUUAAUCUAAAAGCUGAAGUAGAGUGGGACGUAUGGAGCAAGUCACAGAAAGCCAUUUUUAAUAAAGUGGCAUUCGAGAACAUCAAUUAUUCUGAAAAAGAAAAAGGCUAUCUUUCAAAACUAGAAAAUGUUCUAAUUUCUAUGUCACUUGAAAAUUAUGAACUUUUAAUCUUGCUAAAGUAUAAAAGUAACCAAGAGUUCCAUGGUGGAAUACAACAAUCUUUGAGAGAUGCUCAGAAAGAGCUAGACAAUACAUCAUUUCAUGGAAUUAUGGUAUUUUUUAAAAAUCCAUUAUAUCAACUCUUUCGCUCUCUCGAGAUAUAUGAAUCUCCAAACCAUUAA